AUGGAUGAACAAGGAAAAAUAGAUGAAAAUCUUUAUUCAAGAAUGAUGGGCGCGUAUGGAGUCGAAGCAGUUGGAAAAUUAGUAAAGCUUCGUAUUUUCAUAUCCGGACUUCGUGGAGUCGGUAUUGAAAUUGCAAAAAAUCUAAUCCUAAGUGGACCUUCAGUAGUAUGUCUACAUGAUGAUGGUUUAUCUUAAUUAACCGAUAUGAGCUGUAAUUUUUACUUAUAAAAGAAUCACAUAGGUUAAUAAACACGAGCUGAGGCAUGUUUAUCUAAUUUAACUGAAUUGAAUCCUUAUUGUAAAGUAUAUGUUCAUAAAGGAUAAAUAACUCCUGAAUUAUUAAACAAUUUCGAUGUAGUAGUAAUUACAGACGAAUAUAGAUAAGACAGACUUAUUGAAAUAAAUGAAUAUUGCAGAUAAAAUCAAAAAGGUUUUAUAUAUUCUGGAAUGUUAGGUUUAUACGGUUUCACAUUUGUCGAUUUCGGGGAAAAACAUAAUAUUUUCGAUACUAAUGGAGAGGAACCACGAAAUUCAAUAGUAGUGGGAGUAACUACUGAUAAUAAUGAUUGUAUAGUGACUGUACAUGAAGAUAAAAGACACGGCUUUUAGACUGGAGAUUAUGUAACUUUUAGGGAAGUAUAAGGAAUGAUUGAGUUAAAUGAUUAAGUUUUCAAAAUAGAAGAAAGAUCACCUUUUACUUUUAAAUUAAUAACCGAUAAAGAUGUUACUUAGUUCUCUAGAUAUAUAAGGGAAGGGAUUGUAGAGUAAGUAAAAAUGCCUGUCACUAUGUAAUUUAAGAGUUUAAAAGAUUCCCUAUAACACCCAUAUGCCCUAAAUAAGAAUGAAUUAGAUAAUUGUGAUUGGGAAAAAUUUGGAAGACCGGAAUAAUUACAUUUAGCUUUUGUGGGCUUAUUAGAGUUUUUUAAAUAGACUGGAAAUUUACCUUAAUUAAAUAGCGAAAAUGAUGCCUAGAAAUUAUUCUAGAUUGUAAAAGAUUCUAAUGAUAAGAAUAAGUAAAUGGAUGUCGAAUAAGUCUUAAGAGUAGAAGAAAUAGAGGAAAGUUUAAUUAAAAAUGUCGCUUUAUAUUCUAGAGCUUAAAUUUCACCUUUGGCAAGUUUCUGGGGAGGUAUUGUAGCUUAAGAAAUUGUUAAGUUUACAGGAAAAUAUACUCCUUUAAGACAAUGGUUACAUUAUGAAUGCUUUGAGGCUCUCCCAGAGGAUUAGAAUGUAAAUAGGAGCCCUUUGAAUUCCUAAUAUGAUGAUUAUGUGAGUAUUUUUGGAAGAGAUUAUUUCCAAAAGAUUGCUUAAGCGAAAACUUUUUUAGUCGGAGCAGGCGCUUUAGGCUGUGAGUAUUUAAAGAUGUUCGCUUUAAUGGGUUUAGGUGUUGAGAAUGGAGGAAUUACAGUAACUGAUGACGAUUAGAUCGAGAUGUCGAACUUAAAUAGGUAAUUUUUAUUCAGAAAAGAUAAUAUAGGAUAAUCUAAGUCUGAAUGUGCAGGAAAUGCGGCUAAAAAAAUGAACCCGAGUUUGAACGUAAAAGCUUUAAAGGAAAGAGUUGCACCGGAAAACGAGAGAAUUUUCAAUGAUUAAUUCUGGGAAAGCCUUGAUUUUAUUGUAAACGCAGUAGAUAAUGUAAAAGCGAGACUUUUUGUAGACGGAAGAUGUGUAUGGUAUGGAAGACCACUUUUUGAAAGUGGUACAUUAGGUACAAAGUGUAAUUCUUAGGUUGUUUUGCCAAGAUUAACUUAGUCUUAUGGAGAUUCAGUUGAUCCUCCAGAGGAAUCUAUACCUUUAUGUACUUUAAAGAACUUCCCUUAUUAAAUUGAACAUACUAUAUAGUGGGCUAGGGAUUAUUUUGAGGGAGUUUUUGUUGAAGGGCCUAAUGAUUGUGCGAAGUUUGUGGAAAAUUAGAAAGGUUAUUUGGAAAAAAUUACUAAGGAGUUAAAAAAUAAACCUGGUAUGUUAAGAGGAAAACUUGAAAUUAUUCAAAAAUUAGUUUAGGCUUAUAAUUAAAAUUCUUAUGAAAGUUGUGUUGAAUUAGCUAUGCAUAUGUUUUAGGAAAUUUUCCAUAAUUAAAUCUAAUAAUUAUUAUAUUCAUUCCCUUUGGACCAUAAAACUGAGUCGGGAUAACCGUUUUGGUCUGGACCGAAGAGACCUCCUUAACCAGCAGUUUUUGAUAUAAAUGAUGAAACUCAUUUUAUGUUUGUGUAGGCUACAGCUAAUAUUUAUGCUCAUAUUUUCGGGUUGAAAUAUUGCGAAGAUAAAGAUUAUAUAAGGAAAAUUAGCUAAGUGGUGAAGUUGGAGGAAUUCAAACCAAAAAAAUUACUAUAAAGUUAGAUGAUAAAGGAACUUUCUAAUACUAAAAUUGUGGCGAAAAAUCAUAUGAAUACAAUUGAAUUCGAAAAAGAUGACCCGACAAAUUGGCAUAUAGACUAAGUUUCUGCUGUAUCUAAUUUAAGAGCCAGAAAUUAUAAAAUUAAAGAAAUAUCCAAAUUUAAAGUUAAAAUUAUUGCAGGAAAAAUUAUACCCGCACUCGCGACGACUACAGCGAUGAUUGUUGGGGCUGUAGGUAUUGAGAUUAUUAAACAUAUAUUGUAAAAACCUUUAAAUAAAAUGAAAAAUGCGUUUAUGAAUCUAGCUUUGCCUUUAUGGAUUUUCUCAGAACCUGAUCCACCUAUUAAGGCUAAAGAUAAAGAAUAUGAUCCUAUUUUAAUGGGAAAGGUUAAGGCUAUUCCUCCUGGAUUUACUACUUGGGAUAAACUUUUUGUUAAAGGACCUAUGACUAUAGAUUAGUUGAAAAAAUAUUUCAAUGAAAAAUAUUAGGUAGAAAUUUCAAUUAUGAGCGUGGGGAAAGUUUGCCUUUAUAAUUCUUAUUAAUCAGAUUCUGCUUAAAGAUUAAAAAUGGAUGUCACUGAGGCUGUGGUGAAAAUUGGAGGCAUUAAAAUACCAGAUUAUAAAAAAUUCUUAGAAUUAGAAAUCUGUGCAGAAACUAUUUCAGAUGAACCUUGUGAUGUUAUAAUGCCAACUAUUAAAUAUGCAAUGAAAUGAUUAUUUAUUUUAUUUAAAAAAUAUAAAUAUUUUGAAAAUAUUUAAUAAAAAAAAAAAUAUUUAUUAAAUAAUUUAAUAUUUAUUGAAUUUUAUAAAAGAUUACUAUAUAUAUAUUAUUCAAUAUUUAAAAAAUUUAUUUUUAUUUAUUGAUU